CGACAGGGCACCGCUAUAAACAAGGGCUUCCAACAUACGAUUGUUUGUUGUAAUAUUCCCAGUAAGAUACGUUUGGGAGUACAACAAUUAACGUUAAGGGUUAAUGACCAGCCCCGAGGUGUAACGUUAUAUGUUGUCAUAACGGUUUGUCAUUACUUAAACAUAAUUAAAACUUGACAGGUAAAAAUAUUAAACGUUACCGUUAUAUCAACUCCCCUAUACGGCCAAAUGGUCCGGCCCACAAGAAUGACGUACCGAGUUCAGAGUUCUAGGCUGAUCAGAGUUUGAAGUUUGGGCGGCAACUGCUAGUGCAUCUUUUCCUCUAUUCCACGAUGUAAAAGAGACGUGUAAAGUUUUUCGUGUACCGGUCGUCAGCCAGAAAUGUUGUUGAUGAUUUUGGUGCCCCCAAACCAGCACCGUGGCCUGAAAUCAUGGCGCGAUGGCAACCCCGGAAGCGACGCAAGUUUUUGUUCGCAGGACUUUUGGUUUCGCUUCUCUUAGUCGCAGUUCUGUAUGUGGCCAGGAAGUUUAAAUCGCAAAGCUGUUCAGAUCAGGAGGCGAGAACUACACUACUUAAACUGGCCAAUGUUCUCUUCAUCAUUACUAGUAACAUCUGUGAUGCUUUGGGUAAUUAUGACAUUGAAGAAAUAUUUCACAGAGUGUGAAGAGUACACCAGCAACAAGGUUACAGGGAACCUAUGCCCAGAUUUGUGCACCACACAUUCAAUCAUCUAUAGGGAAUGUCUCAACAACAAGAAAGACAGGAAAAGGGUCAUGCUUGCCGAGUGGAACGCACACAAAGUCAUACUCAAAUCCAGAUACAGUCAUCUACAGGACUACAAAUCACUGAUGCCAGAAUACAUGAAGGAUGAAGGUAAAAUGGUCACCUCACUGCCAGACAUGGCAACUUUUCUAAUGCUGGUUCAAAAUCAGCUACGAACAAUUUUUGUUGUGGAUACGCCAGAUAUCACCAGAACGGAAAUUGUAAAAAAAAUGUGGCAAAUGCCAUGGGAAGAUCAUGAGACAAUGAGUACAGCAGCUAUGGAGAGCCUGUGGGCACUGUUACAGCAGGAUGAAUACCUCAUGAUGCAAUACUUUCAAGGAAACAAGCAUUUUCCAAAGAUUUAUGGCUCUUGUGGACAUAUGUAUGUCAUGGAGUAUACCCCACCUGGUGACACACUCAGCCCACCGUUGGUUUUCUUCAAAACAGGCCUACCGGUAGAACUUACUUCAACACCAGACUGGAACAAGCGUGCAAAUGUUGCACUUGGCUUCCUAACAUUCUUGGAAGAUUUGAAUACUUUGUAUACUGAACCACUUCAUCUGUGCGAUGUCAAGCAUGAAAACUACGGCGUAUCAGCGGACUUCACCAUACAAGCGAUAGAUGUAGAUACAGCAUUUUUUGAGACCAAAAUGCAGGCAAUUCUGGGACAAAAGAGCUGCACAAAAAAUGAGGACUGUGAGUUUGUCCAUUGCGAGUCUUCGUGUGACCUAAGACAUAGGAGAUGUUCAAAAUACAGGUCAAACAACAAUUUACAGGCCAUCUGCAAGAAGAUAUUUGUAGGCCACAGGGAACACGGCCCCCCGUACGGCGGUCUGUUACGGUCUCCUCCUGCCGCCAUUGCAGAUCGCCUGAACAAAGCCCUGCAGGAAUGUGUGGGACCGUUAUCUGAGAGUGACAACCAAUCACACGAGGCAUCCGCAAAGACACUAGAAACAAUCAGGAGCAUUCUUUCAGAAUCACUGCAAAGUAAUGAGCGCAUUACUUAGUACAGUGUGAAAAUGGUUUGUAUAUGCAGGAUAAGGCCAUUCAUGGAAAUGACGUGAGAAUCAAAGGUAGAUAGUGUGAUUGAUUGACAAGCAAAGAUUGCAGCAUGGCCAGAAACAUACAAUUUUUAUUAUUCUUGUGAAUUCUUUGUCCAAGUUCUUGCUCAGGAUAGUAAAUAAGUCAUAUUUUUGCAUUACAGGAUUAUCCUCAGGGUUAAGGUUGACAAAAUCAUGAGGAACAGUCUUUCAAUUGUGCCAAAAAAAAUCUUACUGACUUUUUAAAGUUGUAUUGACACAAACAUCCUGUCAGUUGUGCCAAAAAUAAUUAAUUGACAGGAAUCUAAAGUGUUACUUUUAACAAGAAUUGUAUAUAUUGCAAGUGUACUCAUAUAUACUAAUGUCUGGAUGUGAAGUGUAGACCGAUGGCAUGCCAUAGCCCUGCCCCCCCUUAGUCACACUGUAGAAAUGCAAAAUAGAACAUUAAAAUGCUUAUAUAUGUUGGACAAGCAGCCGGUCUGACAUUAUUAUUGGCCGAACUGCUAAUUACUGUUCUACCAUUGGUUAAAGGAAUACUUACAUACCACAAAGUCUCUGAAUUCAACACCAUAGACUACUGAUAAAUGACCAAGGAAUACAGACCUUUUAUUGUUAUUCUAAUGAAGAAUAAUUUGUACAAGAAAUCUAUCAGAAUAAAGACAUUUUUGGUAAUCCUACCAGAAGGAUCUCACCAUGUAG